UUCUCUUCAGUUACGAACCAGCCGGGCAGCCGUCACCAUCAGUCCUAGACUCGCUCUCGUUCUCUCUCUCUCUCUUUUAUCUCUAACUAUUUCCAUCUAUUCCUAUACCUACUCUACAACUGUAUACAUUUUUAUCUUUUGAUCCCGUUCCUGUUUUUCUCUCACUCAACUUUUCGUGAUUGGAACGCUCGUUCAAUUCCUGGCCUCGCUCCUUGUUUGUUAACUUUUGGGUUCGUAUGUUGCCCAGUGGAAGUUGGGUUCGUAUAUCAUCAACCGGCAAGAAGUCAAAAGGUUUUGACAUUUCUCAGUGAUGUGUCUGCUGCUGGCGUUAACGCUUCGUUCAUUUCACGUUUAACAUUUGGAUUCACCCGGACACCUGCUUUACAUACGACUCGUUUUUGAUUAUAGACCUCGCUCUAUGCUCAGCGUGUGUGUGUGUGUGUGUGUGUGAAUCUUUAAGAAACGACUGUCACCGUUUCUAACUCUUUCACCACUGCAUUUUCCUACACGCCCCUGCCGUCAAAUCAACUGAAAAUGGAGCCGGAAGAAAUGGCCAAGAACGUCGACGCGUGUUACAAGAACAUUUUGGACAAAUUUAACCCAGGAGCCAGGCAACUGAUCAACGCUGGGAAAUCUUAUCUCAAGGCCUUACACGGAGCGGCAGCCGCAGCCAAAAUCUAUUUGGAAUCUUUGUCGCGGGUGGCGAAACAAGCUCAACAGGGAACCUGCGGCGGAACAGCUGACAUUGGAAUUGCAAUGCAGCAGAUGGUCGACGUCCAGCGAGAAAUUCAAAGCCAACAGCUCAAUACGCUAAAGGCUUUUUACGUUGACCUGAUCGUGCCCUUAGAAUCCAAUAUUGAAAAGGACACCAAAGUUGUACAGGCGGAUCACAAGAAGUUCAAUCAACAGUAUCGCAGCCAAUAUGAAGUAUACAGCAAAGCCAUGUCCCUGGUGAAGAAACACAGCAAAAAGAGCUCGUCCAAAUCGAAUCGUUCGUCAGCUUCUUACGACAAAGAGAUCAAGCAUUUACAGUCAAUGGAUGAAGAGAAAGCUAAGCUGGACGCAUUUUGCGAGCAAAGUUUAAAAGAGGCCAUCGCCCAAGAAAGGAAACGCUACGGUUUCGUGUUGGAACGCCAGACAUCGUUGUCGAAACACUUUUUAGCUCACUACGGCAAAGGAGCCGCUUUAUUGGAAAAACACCUGGACGGUUGGCAGGAAACGUCCAAAGCGCGAGAAGAACUGCCACCUUGCGUCGAGUUCCUUUUGGGCCAACAAAGCGGGAGCAACAACGAAAACCUUUACGCCCUGCCGCGGACGCCCGUUUUAACGUUAGAGGACGAAGUUGAUUUUUGUUCGGCUUCGCAGAUGCGUAAAUCUCACUCGAUAGAUACUUCCUACCUGUACGAGGAAGCUCAAUCGACGUUUGCUGAGGCCGUCAAUCCAAAAAUAAGCGCCAACCAAGGCCUGGCUUCUGCAGCUUCAGAUAGUCACGGCCGUCACGCGGGAGGAUCUACUAACCUUUGCAAAUCGAAAUCUGAAUUCAAUUUAGCAUUUGCUUCGCCUUCUCGUUCAGUGAGGAGCGGCUUCGGAACAACAACCAGACCGAAAUCUCUUGCGCUACCUGGCAGCACUAGAGGCACCGUGCGUGCUCUUUACGCCUAUCUUUCUAGUGGCGAGCAUCAAAUCAAUUUCCUUGAAGGCGAUUUGAUUUUGUUACUCGGAGACGAACCCGUUUCCUUCCAUUCGAACGCCAACGGGGAUCGCAAUAAAGGCUGGUACUACGGCGAGAAUGUUCGAACGGGAAAACGCGGAUGGUUCCCAUUGGCGUACACGGAACAGGUGAAAGACGCUGACGUCGAUUCUGGUCUUGGCUUGCGCUCGCAGUUUGAUUCGAGUCUUGCCAGCACCAGCCCCGUCGUGCUAGCGGCUAAUAAUGUAGACGCUGAAUCGACCACGUCCGGCAAUUCUUCCGCCUCCAAUUCCAGCGGUGGUGGUGUGCCGCACCUUAUCGCGCCAACAACAUCGUCCAUCGGCGGAUUGAAAAGCUCUUGCGCUCGUAACGCGCAAGCCAUCAACAAACAACAGCAGCAGAAUAACAAUGUGACCACCAUCAGGCCCAAUAGUCUUCUAUUAGGAGGCGAUCGUGCGCUAUUCAAUAAGGUUCCUGGUUUCAGUAAGCUUCGUAAGUCGCGUUCAGCGUUCGCCGAGCGCCUUCUCUUCCCUGCAACAACGCCCUCUGCGCCCAGUUGUCCAGCAGCGACACCGUCCGCCGCACCAGUUGCCUCCGCCGAGCACGACAGGCGGCCCUCCACCAGCGCCACCCCUGCCUCACCGUCUACUAUGAUGACGAUGUUGCCACUUUCGCAUUCCGCUUCAACACCUAAAAUGUUUAGCUCCUCCACAAUGAAUAACAUCUCCGCAUCCAGCAGCAAUUCACCUUUCAACACCCCUACCACUAGCGCCGCCGUCUUUUCUCCGACCAAGAAAGCACCCGCCCCUCCGCCGCGCAUCCAAACGACCCCGCUAUCCUCUUCAAUCCAGCAGCAUUCGCUCCUGUUAGGAAUGACCAACACAGCUGAUCUUAGCCUGCGGAGCAGCAGCGAUAGCGGCUUUGCCAACGAGCCAUCAGUUUCACUCGUCCAUCAACAACCUCCGUCGACUCUGCUGGAACAGCCCUCACCGCCUCCAGCUCCCGAAGUCGACUACUCGGACGAGGAGAGUCUCAAAUUUCCACCCAACCUGUCGCGUCAUUGGCUCUUGUACAGCUCAGCCGUGGACGUGAGCCAAAACAGCACAUGUAGCGCAUCGGAGGCCGUCGACUGGAGGCCGCGCAUCAACAGCAAGCGCUCGAAUGACGGCCGGAGAAAAGAAGAAACUCCUUUCUACUACAACGAAGGCCUUUCUAUGACACUCGAUCGACCGACGAAGACACGCCCUAACGUGGUCAACAUCACGGGCGCGACGAACGGAGGAAAACAGCAACCGAGCGCUAAUGAUUCUUCGACUUGUUCUCCGUCUACUGUUCAGACUAACAGCAAAAUUUCUAGUUACCCCCCCGUCUUGGGCUAUUUGGCAACGCUGACGCGCUGUAAAGCAUCGAAACAGUUGCGCCGACAUUGCCACGCUCAGAAAAGCGAACAGACUGCAAUUAGUCAAUUGGAGAAUGACAAAAAUCAAAGCCCAGGGCAGCAGAAUGAACAUCAACAAACGGCAGAUCGUUCGGGUGCUGUUCGACGUCUGUCGGGACUUUUCACGAAGAAUACAUCAUCGAACGGAUCGGUGGGAUCACGUGAUCCGGUCUCGACGGCGGCAACAACUAGCAGCAUGGCGACUGCCGCCAAGAUCAAAAACAAAUUAUCCGCAGCACCGGGCAUACUGAAAACAGCGCUGUUCCGCACCCGUUCAAAGGAUUCCUUCCUGGAUACGGCGCUGUUCUUCCAGGACGUUCAUCAACAACAGCCAUCAGUUGCUGCUGAGGUAACACCAUGGCAGCACAAGUCGUCCGUGCCCUGUUACGUCGGUUGGCGUCCCCCGAUGCCUUUACCCAAAAGUUGCCCAGCAACAGAACCCCGCCCACCAUCUCGAUUGAACUGCACUACUGUCCGGCGUCGAGUGACUCGAUCGGAGAGCCGCCGCUCUAAUUUGGGCUGGCGCAAAUAUGGAAGCGAGUCAGAUCUACUAGAUGCUGGAUCCAGCGAGUCUGGCUACAUGGCCAUCGACCGCUUUUUGCCACCGAAUUUGCCGUCUUGGCCGCCGACGUUGGCCCUAUUGAAUCCAUUUUAUACCGGCCGUCUAGAUAGAGGUACUGACCCAGGUAUUGAAGCGUCACCUUAUUCUCGAGCUGACUACGAUCGAUCGGGCAUCAUGCCGCACACCUUGCCUCGCAAAUUCCAGCCGGAUUGCUGGCUGCAUGCCUCUUCACCGUCGCUGCGAGUCCAGUUCAACCUGGACCAAUUAGACGAGACAUGCUCGCCGCUGGAGAUGGCCAGAAAGGCUACAAUCGUAGCGGGCGAAGAACAGCGUCAGAUGAAGGCCGAAUUCGAGGAAUACAGUUUGCGUUUGAAACAGCGUUUGCAAUUGGCUAAAUCAGGCAGUUCGCGCAGCUUGGAUCAGCUAUCCGACGAGGCUAGCGAUGGCCAGCGUUGCGAACCGUGGUACGAUCUGUGGGCACCCGAAAUUUCCGUCCGGCUCUGUGAAAUUGCUCAAUUGUAGUGGCCGGUUUAUGAAAUAGGAUAGAGCGAGAUACGCAAAUAAAAAAGGGGGAAAACGGAUGAAAUAGUUCUGCCUUUUUGGGGAAUGGCGUUUAUUAUUUGAUCACUUCGUUUUGAUACAUAUUUACUUACGCGUCAUAGUUGUGCGCAGCAAACACAGUCGGGCAGUCGGAAAAUGUGCGGUGUAGAUAUCCCAUUGUAGUUUGAGUUAAGGAGAGGAUUUCGUAGUGUAAAUAUAAUUAAAGCUUUUCGCUGGGGAGUGGCUAUAUCUAGUUUUCACAUUUUUCUCCCUCUUUUCCACCAUUUCAUCAACUUUUAUUCUGUAAACAUAAGCGAAAGUUUCUUCUGCGGAGUUUUUGCCUUUUUUUUUGUUUGUUUACCAUCUAUACACAUUAUCCUGUGACAUACACGCAGGAUGUUUUCAAUUGAAUUUUUCAUUCUUAUUUCUUAAAAAAAAAACAUAUAUUAUAUAUAUAUUGUAUAUCGCAAUUGGAAACAAUGAUGUACUGAUGUUUGUUUUUUGUUUUUUUUCUAUUGCCAUCUACAUCGUAGAAGAACCAUUAGAAAGAAACAGCUAAACAAUGUUUUAAGUGCGUGUUUUCACUAUUCUGAAUGGAGAGGAAAAGUAAUGUCUUGUGGCACGACUGUCUGGCCUGCUGUGAAUACGUUUACUUGUCAUACAUCAACUAUAAAUAUGUAUACACCAGCAAAAGAGUGUAUAGUAACCCAUUACUCAUGUAACACACUUUGUAAUAGAAGAAGGCGAUUUA